CCGGGCGGUCUCUCUCUCUCUCUCAGGCAGACACAAGGCCGCCGCCGGUCGGGGAGAGGCGGGCUCCGCCCCGCCUGAGCAGCUCCAGACGGAGGGAGGCGGCGGCGGCAACAGCAGCAGCCAGAUCCCCUCUCGCUCGCUGGGGACACUCGGCGGGCACGUCUCGGUCUCCUCCUCCGUCGCUGGCGGCUCCUCCUUCCCUCCCUCCCUCUUCGGUCUGCCGUGCAACAGUUUUCCCGAAGUUGCCAGAGGGCGGGGAAGGGAGGCAGUUGCGGGAGCCGGAGGGGGCAGCUGCUGGGCGCGCAGGAGAUGCCCGGAGAAGCCGCUGCCGUCGUAGCUGCUGCUUCCCCGUUUUCCUCUUCGCCUCCGCGGUGUUUCCUGGGUCGGCGGCUGCCCCGCGCUUCGACAGCAGCGCCUGCUCCUCGUGGGCCGGAGCCUGCGAUGUCCCGCUGAAGGCCGGCCGGCGGCUGGGCUCCAUCCAGCAUGGGCGCCAAACAGACCAAGGGCUGCCCGCUGCCCGGCAGCCCCCAGGCCGCCGCCUCGGCCGCCCGCCGGAGGAUGCUGCCGUCGCCCCGGGAGCGCGGCGACUUCUUGGCCUCCCUCGUCGUGCGAUCCGGAGAAAAGUUUGGCAAGGGGGGCGGCGGCGGAGGGGGCGGCGGCCUCCCCCCGUAUCACCGCCGGAUCGGCCUUAUCCAGGACAUGCUGGGGAUGGUCAAGCAAGGCAAGCAGGAGGAGGCCACCGACUUGCUCAAGCACCUGCGCCAGGACCUGGGCAUGGAGUCAACUUCGCUGGAUGACGUCCUGUAUCGCUACGCCAGCUUCAGGAACCUGGUUGAUCCAAUUACCCAUGACCUGAUCAUCAGCCUGGCCAGGUACAUCCACUGCCCCAAACCGGAAGGCGACUCUCUGGGAACAAUGGAGAAGCUCUGCAGGCAGCUGACUUACCACCUGAGCCCCCACUCUCAGUGGCGACGCCAGGGCAUUGUGAAGAGGAAGCCGCAGGCCUGCUUGAAAAUGAUCCUGGUGGGGAAUCCCCGGGACAACACCGUCGACCUGUCGGGCAUCCCCCUGACCCUGAAGGAGCUGGACCGGGUCAUCUCCUACCUCCAGCAGACCUCGGAGUACAUUGAGAGCGUGGAGCUCUGCUUCACAGACCUGACGGACGAGGUGUUCCUGCAACUGCUGCCCGUCCUGAGUGCCCUGCCCCACCUGUCCACCCUCUCCCUCAACGGCAACAGGCUGACCAAGGCUAUCCUGCGGGACCUGACAGAGGCGCUGAAGGACCCCAGGAACUUCCCCAGCAUGACCUGGAUCGACCUGGGCAACAACGUCGACAUCUUUUCCCUGCCGCAGCCUUUCCUGGUCAGCCUCAAGAAGCGCUGCCCCACCCAGGGGAAUCUCCCCACCAUCCUGGAGUUCGGGGAGGGCCAGGUGAGUGACUUGGAGAGUCAGGAGGGUCUGCCUUCCGUGGAUGAGGAUGCAAGUGGCGGCGGCGGCAGCAGCAGCAACAGCAGCGUGGGCACUGCCAGUCCCGGAGAGCUGCAGGCAGGCGAGGCGAUUGAGGUCAGACUGCUGGAGAGCCAGGUGGCAGACCAGGAGGGUCUCCCGGGGCUGCUUCAGACAUGAGGUGCAGGCACCUCUCUCUUGGCCAGAAUGCUCUCGGCAGACACCCACCCAUUUCCCACCCCAAUGACAGCAGCAUCAGCAGCAAGGAUCUUGGCCCCAGACUCCAUGGAUACUGAGGAGGGUCCUCUUGUGAGGAUAAUGAACGAGAGGACAGAAAGAAAUGGUGUCGGGGAGGCAGGCUGCCCCCUUCAGCACAUUAGUGAUGCUCUCGGCCCUUCAACUCCCAAGAUCUUGUGACGAACGCAGAGGGGAGAUCGCUAGUGCUGCAGCCUCUUUAGUUCCAGAGAACGAAAGACAGACUGAGAAGGCGACACCACUGCUGAGCCAGUCUUUGUCCGGUGUAGGUUCCCAGUUACGCAGAACUCUUCACCAGUACUUUCACGUUUGCUCAUUUUCUGUUCCUCAUAGUGGUUACAGAUUGAUUGCUUAGGGGGGAAAAGUUCCCAAGUAUUUUUGUGGUAGAAGUUUCAGGAAAGGAUUUUCAUCCUUGCAUCAAAGGCAGGGGGCCAGUUAUCCCACAGAACUGAGGGAAAUGCUGAUUUUUCAAAUGUUAGGAGUGCAUAUCAUCGGCCUGCAUCCAGGAGGACUGGGAAAUUGCCUUUCUCUCCCCCUUCCUACAUGCAGCAAAGGGACAGACACUGUUCACUAGCACCAACAAUGCAAGAAAUAAGUGGAUUUUGCUUCCCCUGCCGCCAAGUCUUCACAAUUUAACACGCUGGGUUUCAGUGCAGUGAAGGCAGCUGCAAAUGUUGCAGCCCUAAGCCUCGGAUUCUAGGUUGGUUGAUCCAGCAAAGCAGGAAAAGCCAAACUCCCUUUGCUUCCCUCUCCCCUCCAAAGCUGCUGGGGCUUAAGUGUGGCCUGCUUUGCUUCAGGGGUCACCAACAUGCGGCUGCUGGCGACAAUACCAAGAGGGAAUCAAGCCAAUGCUUCCAGAUGUUCAUGUCGCAAUUGUGGUGUGAAAUAGCUGUCGUGUGUCAACAGUCUCUCUGUGUGGUGUCUUCGGUUCUUUUGGAUUUCCCAUCACUGUGACAGAGGAGGAGACCAUAGAGGGGAGUUACUAGUUUACAAAACGCAGCCCUGGGGCCUCCACUAGUGGACCGUUUGCCAGCUAAGGCCUUGCUGAACUUCAGCUCCAUGCGAGCAUAUUAGCUCUUGUCGUUUUCCAGUCUGCCUGUGGACAUGGUAAGCCACCACUCCCCACUCCACCCACCCAGGAUUAAGUCAGUAACCCCAUAUGCAUUAAAUGUUUUAAUUUGGGUAAACACACAAUUUGAAACAGAGGCCCUGCACAAGUCUGCCAGGAUCUUCAUAGAGGAAAGCCUCUUUCAGCUUCCAACACCUCUCUUACCCACCCCAGGGGUGUGGAACCAGGCUUCAGCUGAGGUUUUCCCCAUGGCACAAAUACAACUGAGUUUUCAGUUGACUGGAGUGCCCACUUUUACACUCCAGAGGGACCAACCUAACCCUACCCCCCUCGGUGGCUCCAAAUGUUGUCAUAGUUUGCAUGUAGCUGAAACUGUUUUUAUAUGCUUUGUCAAGCAAGCGUAACAAUAAAAGUAUUUUAUUUAAAUAGAAGGGUUUCUCAGCUGUCUUUCUUAAAGCAACCAUAGGCUUGGUAAUCCUGCAAUAGUGCUCUUAAGAGGCAAAGGCUGCAGCUGAAGCAAGGAGACACUGAACCAAAGAAUGUGCCCUUUCCUCUGCCUACUAGCCAUAGUGGCAAGCACAGGGGGAGGGGGAGUGACAGGAGGUGCUGUGGCAGAGUUGGGGGUGUAACUGCAUGACCAAUGGCCUGUUAAAAGCCCAGGAGGCAACAGCAGGGCCAUUAAGGCUCUUCUCUCACUACCUGAAGCUGGUUGGAAGAGCGAAGGCAGGAUUUUGAGAGCCAGAGAGUGUGACUUCCGUGUGUUCAAACAGCAGUCCAAGCUCUGUUCCAAUUUCUUUGUUUUUGAGAUUUUGCCCUUGUGCAUCUGAAGGCUCUGCAUGCUGGAUUCUGAGCCAGAUACAAAGUUCCCAGGCACAUGAACAGAAUGAACAAAUCCACUGGCUGUCGCUCACAAGAAGCUCCGGCUGUUUCAAAAGAUCGUCCAACAGUACUGCUUAUAUGCCAGCAGCUAAGAUUUAGCCAUCUAUUGGGCUUCUCCCCUUGAAUGGCAUCAGUUGGGGGAGGUAAAGGGAAAGCUGUAUGGCACAAGCAUACCCAAGAGAUGCCACAUUAUUCCUUCCAUUUUCACUCCCUGUGCAGCUUCAGCCUUCAAUUUGUAACCAUCAAUGUGCCUGUCUGCUUGGGAAAUGCAGGCAGGCGCAUUAAUGAAGGCAGCGACAUCCUGCUGCCUGCCAGAUAGUGUGUUUACUGCCUCACAGCCUGCAGCGCUUAACCAUGCCAGUCUCGAAGAGGGCAAAGUCUGUGAUGGGCUCACCAAGGUCUCAGAACCAUCAGCUACCCACCAUUCACUGCACAGGGAAUGAGCACACUGCCCCUUUUGAGUGGACAAGGGAGAUUUCAGGCCCCUCCAUGGAGGCCAGGGUUGCCUUACCUGGAGAGGGGUAUCGAAAGGAGCGGCAGAGUGCCAAAAUUAUGGACACCUUGUGCAUGAGGCUUCCACGCAAAUAGCAUGAGCCUCUCUCGCACUAUUAACUCAAAUUGCUGGUGCCAAAUUAGUUAACUGAACUUCCAUCAGGGAAUCUUAUGGUGCUUUUAAAGUAUCUGCCAAAGGCAUCAAUUCACGCAAAAGCAAUUUUCAAGUUUCUCUCCGUGAGCUGCUGCACUUACAGGUGCCUGAGCAAAUAAGCAAGCUCAAUAGAGGUGGCUUUGGUGCAACACAAAGGACUGCAAUGUCUAAGUUGCCCCCUGGUUACAGGUAGGUAGCCGUGUUGGUCUGGAUCGAAGUAAAAUAAAAAAAUUCCUUCAGUAGCACCUUAAAGACCAACUAAGUUUUUAUUUUGGUAUGAGCUUUCGUGUGCAUGCACACUUCCCUGUCCCACUUAAACUCACAGGAAAGGAGAAUAAAUCCCUCUAGCCACACUGAUCGCCGAAGAAUUGAUGCUUUUGAAUUAUGGUGCUGGAGGAGACUCUUGAGAGUCCCAUGGACUGCAAGAAGAUCAAACCUAUCCAUUCUGAAGGAAAUAAGCCCUGAGUGCUGACUGGAAGGACAGAUCGUGAAGCUGAGGCUCCAAUACUUUGGCCACCUCAUGAGAAGAGAAGAAUCCUUGGAAAAGAGCUCGAUGUUGGGAAAGAUGGAGGGCACUAGGAGAAGGGGACGACAGAGGACGAGAUGGUUGGACAGUGUUCUCAAAGCUACGAACAUGAGUUUGACCAAACUGCGGGAGGCAGUGGAAGACAGGAGUGCCUGGCGUGCUCUGGUCCAUGGGGUCACGAAGAGUCGGACACGACUAAACGACUAAACAACAACAACAGCCACACUUAGCCUCACCCUGAUGGGCAAAAAGACUCCAUGUGGCAAGACUCCCUGGGAAAAAAACCCAAAGAUAAUGGCUACACCACAGGGCCCGGUGCCUUAUAGAUGGUAUUUAACUCCCGCUAGCCCUGUGAGGGUGUUGUGGAUGACAGCUACCAUGUUGCCUAGUGCUAUACAGCAGAAAGGCAAAGGCAAAAACCAUUUAAAGUUCUGAAAGAGCCUGAGAAGCGGUGGGCAGGAUAUGAUGGGCCCCUGAUUGGUCUAUCAUCACCAAGUUUAGGGCAGGGUGUGUGCACACAGAAGUACAGUGGUGCCUUGCUAGACGAAUGCCCUGCCAGACGAAAAUUUCGCUUAACAAAAGGAUUUUCUUAUCGGAGGUUGCCUUGCUAUAUGAUGAUGUUUUCUAUGGCCACCGCUUCGUCUUGCGAAGCGUGGCCAUAAAAACCUCCGAUCAGAAAAUCAGGGCAUUCAUCUAGCGAAAGGGGAACCAGCUGCAGCGUGGGAAGAAGGCAAAGGAAGAUCAGCUG